AUGUCUCAGCAGCCAAUGUCCGAUGAUGGCGUGCCAGGGGAUUUCGAACACCCCAAUCAGAAUCUACGCCGGUCCAUCAUUAUCACACUUUACUUUGCCUUCAUCCUGUCCACAGCUGCCGUCGCUCUCCGGCUGCUAGCGAGGAAGAUGAAUGGCACCCGGUUGUACCUGGAUGAUUAUCUGAUUCUCAUCGCUCUUCUUUUCAAAUAUGGAUGCUCCAUUGGCGUUGCGAUCCUGCUUUUCAACGGGCUGGGAUCCCACAUCACAAUGAUUCCCCAGAAGAAUCUCACCGUCUAUCUGAAGAUUGGAUGGUCCAAUCCCUUGGUGUAUACCAGCUGCAUCGCCUUUAUUAAAUUAUCCAUCCUCGCACUUUACAAGCGUUUAUUCUCCACUCCGCGUAUGAUCCUGGCCGCCAAUAUCGUCGCCGGGUUUGUCAUCCUAUGGGCCCUGAGUGUUUGUGUGGUGGGGGUCAUGUUGUGCCUUCCGGUCAACAAGUUUUGGGAUCCAACGGUGCCAGGAUCCUGUCUCGACUCCGCCCAGUAUUACUAUGGCCAGCAAAUCCCCAACAUUCUGACCGAUGCCGUUCUUCUCGUGAUGCCUUUGAAAUUCGUGUGGGCACUGCCGAUCUCCAAGACCCAGAGACUGCUGCUCUCAGGAGUGUUUGUCACUGGCGGCUUAACCCUGAUUUUUGAUAUCGUCCGUCUUGUUGCCAUGAUCAACCUGACACGCUCUGGUCCUGACGUUACUUAUAACCAAGUCCCGGUCGUGGUGUGGACAUGCAUUGAAGCAACGGUCGGGAUUAUCGCCGCCUGUCUUCCUAACAUGAGGCCGCUCUUCAAACUCAGUCGCGGCAGUUUCUGGUCCCAGCUGCGAUCUGGCACGGGCCAUUCGAAGCAGCCGCUCAACCCGUCCCAGGAACUGUCGAUGCAAAGCAGCAACUAUGACCCUUACUUUACCCAGACUAACAUCUAUGCUCGACACAGUGUCUCCAUUCACUAUAGCAAGCCUUGA